AUGUGCCGCUUUCCGUACGCCUCGAGAAAGGCCUCGGUGUCGUCCUCUUCGUACUCCACCGCGCCGCUUCGCCCGAUCCUCUGCGCGAGGACGAGCAACGUGCCCUCGCUCACGUUGAUGUCCACGCACACGUCGCGUCCGUUCGCGUUCAUCCUCGCAAACUUGGAGUGCUUCAACUUUCGAUACGAGACGUCGAUGGCGCGAGACACCGCCUCGAGGUGCACCCUGGGAUCCGCCUCGAAGCCGUCUCUCUCUGUCGCGAGCUGCCUGAGCGCGGUGACGAUCGCGCUCCGCUUCGCGAGCCGCCAAGGCGCUCUCGGCGCGGCGGCGUACGCGUCCGAAUACUCCCAUUCGUCCGCGCCCGCGGAUCGUCCGUCGUCCCAUCCGCUCCCGCCGCCGUCGUCGAACGCGCCGUCGGAUUUCCCCAUGAGCCGCGCCGCCGCGCUCUGCGCCGCGCCGCCCUCGUGCGACUCGUACGCUUCGAACUUGGUGCUCGUGUCGGUGAAGGACGCGCCGCCGCCGAACGCGGCGUCCGCGGCGGCUUCGUCGAUCCAUCCCUUCCCCCCGCCGCCGCUCGGGGCGAUGGUAUCGAACCCGGCGCUUCUCAGCGCGGAGUCCACGGCGUCGAUGUCGCCCAGGGUGACGCCGCCGGAGACGACGCGUCCGCGGCGCCACUCCUUCGCGAGGCCGACGACGUCUUCCGCGGGAUCCACGUCCGCCUCGUCGUCCGAGGUUCCGAACUCGUGCUCGAGGAGGCGGUCGACGCACUCGGGCUUCUUCCCGCCGAGUUUCAACCCGGCACCGCGCAGCAUCGGCUUGAUCUGCGCCAUCGUCAUCUUCAUCAGCUCCGCGCGGCGGUUCGCGACCGGGAGAUCGACGUAG